CUCUUCGGUUUCGCUACUUCGAAGCAACUCAAACCACAACAACUUCCUUUAUUCUUUUUUUUUUACUCUGAUUUUGUGAAUUAAGAUGGACGUUGUUGAGAGAAAAAGACCUAGAGGAGCGUUUCUUAAUCUGUUUGAUUGGCAUGGAAAAUCCAGGAAGAAGCUUUUCUCAUCUAAUAUCUCUCAACUCUCUGAAGAAUCUAAGCAAGCAAAAGAGAAUGUUCAAAACCCCUCUAUUACGCGGCAUUCUGUUUUUGAGGUUGAUCAGAGUGUAAAGAACCCAACUUACAACCCGAGAAGUGACUCUAGCUGUUGUGCUUCUUCUGUAACCAGUGAUGAUGGAAAUGUGGUUAGAGCAAGUGUGGUAGCGAGGCUCAUGGGUUUAGAGGGUUUACCACUACCAAACGUUUUGGAACCACGGGUUAAUCCUGAUCUGGAUCCAUACUUUCUAAGAUCCUCGCGCCAAGCAAACACUUGGGAUGCUAAUGUUGAUCGUCAAAGUGACUUCGAUGGUGUUUCUUGGGAUCAUUUGGAUUCAAGAACCAGUAAAGGGCCGCGUAAGAGGAUGAUUGAGCGAUUUCAAACCGAAACUUUACCCCCAAGAUCAGCUAAACCGAUCUCUGUCACUCACAAUAAGCUCUUGUCUCCAAUAAGGAAUCCUGGAUUUGUUCCAUCUAGGAACCCUGCUUAUGUAAUGGAAGCUGCUUCAAGAAUGAUCGAGCAAAGUCCUAGGAUGAUUGCAAGAACACGGGUGGUGUCAUCGUCUGAUUCUUCUUCCCCAGUUCCAUUGAGGAUUCGAGAUUUGAAAGAGAAACUAGAAGCUGCGCAGAAAGCGUCGACUUCAGUUCUUCCUCAAAUCUCUAAUGCUACUCACAACAGUAGGUACUUAAGAGGAGAUCAAAACGAGAAGAAAACUACAGUAUUGGGGAAAAGCAGUUGUGAUGGGUUGAAAAGUGAAGUGAAGCCACCUUCUUUCUCUGCGCAAGCAAAAGCCAGCAGUAAUCAGAAGCAAGACAGCUUAACAACGUCCUCAAGUGGCAACAAGAGGAUGUCUUCGGGACAAAAGGAGAAAGUGGAAGCUAAGAAUAGGGCGGUUAAAAGCCAAAACAGUAUCAAAGGAACUUCCUCGAGCACCGGAAAGAAUGUGCUUAAGCAGAACCACCAGAAGCAGAACUGCAGAGACAAUCAGCAAUCCAGGAGACCGAAAAAACCGACUUCUUUACCUUUAUCCCGCAAAAAAAGUCUUCCUCGAAACAAAAAACCACGGAAUGGAGUGCAAGAAUCGGGAAUUUAUGAAGAUAAGAGGAUCAAAAGGGGUGAAAAGUCGAUAAAAUGUAACAUUUCCAUUGAUGGCGACUCAAGUACGAGUAAAGAUGAUCAGAAAAGGGACAUGGAUGUGAUAUCUUUCACUUUCUCAUCUUCGAUCAAAGGUUUAUCAUCUCAUCCACAAGGAACCAAACAAGAUGCAGACUCUGCUAUAAAGUUCAAUGUGAUAGGUGGUGAUUCUUUAAAUGCGCUUUUGGAGCAGAAGCUCAGGGAAUUGACCUCAAAGAUUGAAUCAUCUAGCUCUAGCUUGAUCCAAGAAGAGUCCUUGAGUUCCAUUUCAAAUGAUAGAGCGAAUGCGAUGAUUUCAUCGCCAUCAAAAUAUAGCGAACUGACUCAAAGCAGUAUUGAUAGAAUUUUAACAGAGAGUGAAUCUGUUUCUGACUGCACUUCAUUCUAUAACAACCAGAAAGUCCAGAAGAAGAAGACGAUACAGGGAGAAGAACAAGAAGUUAGCAGCAUCACCACUCUUACAGAAGCUGAUGAUUUUGCACUCUCCUGCAGCAAGAGUAUCUCAGAUUGCAGACAUGACAGAGAAUAUGGCAUGAAACAGAGUUCAUCAGAUCAAGAGCUCACUUGCGUUUCAUCAAACGAGUCCCAGCGCACCUUAGAUGAAACAGAAUCACCAACACUCGAUUGGGAGCUCGAGUACAUAACCGAGAUCCUCAACUCUGGGCAGCUCAUGUUUCAAGACUUUGCCUCAGGGACAACCACUAAUGAAUCAUUAUUACCCUCGAGCCUCUUUGAUGAAAUGGAACGCUCUCGAGGAACUGCAAAGUCAAUGAAGACAGAAAGAAAAGCGCUUUUCGACUGUGUGAAUCAGUGCUUAGCGGUGAAAUUUGAAAGGAUGUUAAUUGGAAGCUGCAAAGGGAUGAUGAUGUCAGGUGGGAUUUUGUUGGAACAUAGAGAUUUGUUGGCUGAAGAAGUGAACAGAGAAGUAAAAGGGUUGAAGAAGAUGAGAGAAAUGAUGAUUGACGAGCUUGUGGAUCAUGACAUGAGCUGUUUCGAAGGAAGAUGGAUUGGUUACGAAAGAGAGAUGUUUGAGGAAGGCAUAGACAUGGAAGGAGAGAUUGUUUCUGAUUUGGUUGAUGAUUUAGUAAGUGAUCUUUUCUCUAUUAGUGUUCUUAAACGGUCAUUGUAAACUUGUAUUGUCUACUUAAGAAGCUUCUUCUGGUUCUGAAAUUGUCUGCAUGAAGUGAAGUAAAUCCGAAUGAUAUACGGCCCAGAAGAAGUGUCACUCUUUUCAUUUAAAUUGAUCUAAUGAAUACUCGAAACUGUU